AUGGCCAAGAGGUCAUGCGAUUUCUGUGUCCAGCGCAAAACGCGAUGCGAUAAUGGCAGCCCAUGCCGCAAAUGUCUCGACGCACAACCUCCACUUGAUUGCACUUACUCGAGGCCGGUGUUGAAGCGCGGCCCAAAGACUUCAAAGCUUACGCAGCGAUGCAAUUGGAAAUGGAGGGCCGAGGGACAGAGACAGCCGCGGGUCGCAAGUAGUUGCCUUGAUGCGGAUUCAUUGGGAAUUGCGGCAGAUGUCUCGGCUUCAUGCUAUUUGAAGACAGAAAGACUAGCUCUGUCGAUACUCAAGCCGAUAAUCGAGUGCUACAGUUCUCGGUUGUAUCCGGUCUGGCCAGUCCUCUAUGCCUCGAGUCUUCUUGCUAUGCUUGAGGAUGCUGAAGCAAACACUUUGGCAAGUUUGCCGAGCUUGCUGUGUAUCGACGAUGUCUACAUUAUGGCAUUGGCUCUGUGUUCUGCCACUAUGGCUCAGCUGAACCUUGGCGAGAUGGAGGAUAUGUCUUCCCACAUCACUAGUGAAUACUUGGAGAAGGAGUGCAACCGACUUCGCGCCCUGACGAGCUAUCGGGAGAACCCGUCGGUAGAAGGGGCUCUCACGUCCUUCUUUCUCCAUGUCUACCACGCAAGAGCGGAUAACAGAAAUGCCUCCAUGCUCUUCCUGCAAGAGGGCAUCUCCAUCGCUCGACUUCUCCGUCUAGAUCGGAUAGAAUCUGAACCGAGCCAGCUUCCGAAUGAUUGGACGGAUAACCAAACCACUGUAAUUGCUCAGAAACGUCUAGUAUACAUCCUCUUGUGGGUGAGCGAAAGAGGCUACGCUAUUCAACAUGACCUUCCCAUUUCUAUACUCGAUACAGUCCAGAUACCGUCUGCCAAGUUGGAUGAUUUUGAUAAAUAUGGAAAGGGGCUGGUCGAACUUGCCACGUUAUUUGUAGCCUUUGACGCCUUCUUCUACCGUACCACUCGCUAUAUGCAUGAAACAUCUCAGCCUCAUUCUGAAAAAUAUCGCCUUAUAACAGUUCAGGAAUCUUUGAAGACGAUUACUCCAAAGCUUUCCGAGUAUGACUUAGUACAACAAGCGGAUUAUACUAUCACAAGGCAUUGGAUGCGAGUUCUGCUUUGGCAGCAAGCCAUGUCUCGGAGUCUACUUUCAUCCUAUGCUGAGCAUGAUUCAAUGACUUUCCUCUUCCCAUCCCAAAUAGCUCAGGAGUUCCUCACGUCUAUCACAAUGAAUUCUACGGAACAGUUGACAUCAUUGGGAAGAGAUCAGUUGAUUAAGUCUUUCGAAGUCACAAACACGCUGGCGGAUGUAAUACUAUGCACUACGAGCGCCUACAACCAGAGCUGGAAAUGCGGCCCAGCUGAUUUUCUACAUGCUUUGUACCAAAUAAUUUCGCCAUUCUUGACGUAUGAUAGGCGAUUGUACGACAUGAUACGACUAAAGGCGGCAGAUGCACUCUUACAGGCGCCGAGCAGGAUUAUUCCAAGGAGCGUUGACAGGGUGUUUAAAGACACAGAGAUGGAUGCAGAUGAAGAAGAGGAUAGAGGCCUAAUUUUAGAGACAGUUUCCGAGCUUACAGCUGAGGCAGAUGCUCGCAAUGUUGAAUCAGAGGGCCUAGGUAGGCUGGAUGAUAUAGAGGAACUGCUCUGGUAG